AUGGCUUCCUCCAUCUUUAUCUAUGCUUUCUUUCUCCUCAUCUCUGCAACAUCCUCCUCUAAGUUGCUUCUCUUUCCACUCACCCACUCGCUUUCAAAUUCUGAAUUACUCAACAACACCCACCAUCUUCUCAAGUCCACCACCUCCCGCUCCAUCACCGCCCAGGGGGGCGAUUAUACCAUCUCCUUUUCACUCGGCUCUGCUCCUAAAAGGACGGUCACUCUUUAUAUGGACACCGGCAGCGAUACUGUUUGGCUCCCCUGUAAACCCUUUACUUGUAUUAUGUGUGAAGGAGAAUCGGACCCUAAAACCACACCGCCGCCCCAGAACUUAUCUGCCUCCGCCGCCCCCGUCACGUGCCAGUCACGGGCUUGCUCUGCCGUUCACUCCACCCUCCCCACCUCCGACCUCUGCGCCAUGGCACGCUGUCCUUUGGAGUCCAUUGAGAUGUCUGAAUGUCAUAACUACUCUUGCCCUUCCUUUUAUUAUGCUUACGGUGACGGCAGCUUCGUUGCUCGCCUAUACAAGGAUAAUCUCGAAAUUCCGAUGUCGUCGCCGCCGUCUUUGGUAAUAAAGAACUUCACGUUUGGCUGCGCUCAUGAAUCCCUCGGCGAGCCGAUCGGCGUCGCGGGGUUUGGCCGUGGAGCGCUCUCUUUACCGGCGCAGCUCGCUGUUUUCUCCCCUCAUCUUGGCACUCAAUUCUCCUACUGUUUGGUUUCCCACUCUUUUGAGACGGAGAGACUCCGACAACCGAGCCCACUCAUUCUAGGCCGGGUUGACUCGGUUGGUAGUGAAAAUAAAGCGAAGCGUGUCCCUACCUCACAACCCGACGACUUCGCCUACACUCCGAUGCUUGAAAACUCAAAACACCCUUACUAUUACUACGUCGGGUUAGAAGCUAUCACGGUUGGCAACCACCGAUUACCGGCGCCGGAAAAUAUGAAGACGAUUGAUAGAAAAGGAAACGGUGGUAUGGUGGUUGACUCCGGCACGACUUACUCCAUGUUACCAGAAGAAUUUUAUAACUCGGUUGUAUCCGAGUUUGCGAAAAGGAUGAAGUCGGGUCAUAAACGGGCUAAAGCGGUGGAAGAUCGGACCGGGUUGAGCCCAUGUUACUACGUGGAUGAGGGUGCGAAAAGGUUAGUACCGCAAAUGGUGCUGCAUUUUGGGGGGAAUUCAAGUGUGGUGAUGCCUAGGAAGAAUUACUUUUACGAGUUUAUGGACGGUGGUGAUGAUGGGAAGGUGAAAAGAAAGGCGGGGUGUAUGAUGGUGAUGAACGGUGGUUACUUUCCGGAGUCGGGUGGGCCAGCCGGGUUGUUGGGGAAUUACCAGCAACAAGGGUUGGAAGUGGUUUACGAUUUGUUAAAGAAACGGAUGGGGUUCGCUCGGAGGAACUGUGCAUCUUUAUGGGAGAGGUUGAGCUGAGGGUUUGACCGCACGUGUGGGGGCAUUUAUAAUCAUGGAGGAUGUAAAUAUAUCGUACAUUGGUUGCCACUUUGUGUAAGCGAAUAAGUUACGUCAAUAAGCAAAACUAGCUUGGAACACAAAUACAAAUACAA